CGCGCGCGGCGCGCGGGCGAGCGUUGACGACGACGAUCGCAACGACGACGAUGACGACCGUGGACGCAUCGAUGCCCGCCGCGAUGCCGAGCGGCGCCGCGACGACCACGGAAACGAUCGACGUUCCGGACGUUGGCGCGGUCGACGACGACGCGCGACGACGCGCGACGACGCGCGACGAGAGCGCGAGCGAGGACGAAGAUGAGGAAUAUCUCGGACGGAUCCGUCGACGCGCGCGCACGCGCGAGGAUGAGAGCGAGAGCGAGGAGGACACGCGAGAGGGCGACGGGUCAGAGGACGGCGAAGGCGAGGCGCCGCGAGGGAAAGGCGAAGGACGACGACGACGAUUGAAACGCGCGAAUGGUGAACGCGUCGAACGAGACGUUGAUGGAAGUGACUCGAGCGAUUCGAGCGAGAGCGAAUUGGAUGAGGAGAUGAUGAUGGAACGUAAGUACGCCGAGACGGGGCGGUUGACGGAUGAAGACGUCGAGGACGAGGCAGAGGAGACCGUUCGUGGAGCGUAUGACGAAGUGGGUGUGGGAUAUUCGUCCGAUUCGUCGCUUGGAUCACCCGUAGCGGGCGAUGAUGUGCCGGCGAGCGGUAGUCGGCCGAGGAAAAUGACGAAGAAGCAGAUGAAGAAGGAACGAGACGCGUUGGCCAAGGAACAGGAACGCAUGAUGAAACGAGCGCAAAGACGGGCGAAAUUCCCGGGCUGGGACGCCGAAGUGGUGCGCGUGUCUUAUUUACCGUUGAUUGACAAGCUUCGCGCUGCGGUGGCGCACAUCAAGCACGACGGACUAGUUAUGGGAGAAGACUCGCCGGCAAAAGAGGCCGACAAAGCCACAAAGGCGGACACGCCCACCGUCGCCCCGCUUGCAGACUCCGAAGAUGACGAAGCGGACGACGGUGAACCUAAAGCAAAGACAGCCGAAGUCGUAGAAAUCGAUCUCGAUGACGACGAAGAAGAAGAUGACGAUGCAUUACUCAAGGAAAUCUUGGCAAAGAAAGCAGUCGCGGUGGCGCAAAAGCCAUCCGAAACGGUGAUGACUGAGGAACCAACGCUUGUCGAACAAGAGGACGGAGAGGACGCGGAUGACGAGUCCGAAGAAGACAGCGAAGAUGAUUUAUCCGAGGAGGAAGAUAUGACGGAAGAAGAGCGUCGAAUGCAGCGUAAGGCGGCGAAGAGAUUCAUCAAGGCGGAUAGAAGAUCGCACAGAGCCGCCGCCACCACGGGCGACGUCUUUGAAGAUGAAGCGGAGAUGUCCGAAGAUGGUGGGCACACCGACGACGAUGAUGAUGAUGAUAUUCAGGAUGACGUUGACGAUGUCGCCGACGCUAUCGAUUUCCGCGAAGAACAGCCCGAAGACGAGCGCCGUGCCGCGGCUCGUGCGCGCGCCUUCGCAAAGGAGCAGCAAGCCCAAGACGACGACGAGCUCGAAAAGAUGAAGCAGAUGGUUGGUAACGGUUUCAAACGCAAAAAGAAUGGUCUGUUCGACUCUGAAGACGCGUGGCAGCGUAAGAGACGCAAUGCUAACGGCGAAGAGGAAUCUGAUUCGGAUGACGUCGACUAUGGUCCCGUCAUCGAGCGUCCCGAAGAGGCCGUCGAAUUAUCGGACGACGACGACGGUGAGUGGCGCGAACAAGCCAAGCGUCGUCGUGCCCUGCACGAAUCCGGUACACAAGAGUCUCUUGAGCUACCAAAUGCGUUCGAAGGUAACGUCAGUCAAGAAGUCUACGCCGCCAUCAAGGCUCCUCGCAUGAAUUCGUUCCACAGCGAGUCGCAAGACACCACGCAAGCGGAAGGAUGGGAAGCCCCGCUCCCUCGAGCGCAAUCUAUGCCCGCGGCUUUGGUCCGUACGUCGAGCCAUCUCGGCAGCGGAAGUUCUGCAAUGCUUGCCCGUCAAUCAUCGAAAACGUUCUUGGGUAAGAAACGACAAGUCACCAAGGCGACUGGCGCGCUGCUCGGCAACAGCCAGGCUUCACGCUCAUACGUCUUCGGCCGAACGGAUAGCCAAAGUCAAUGGGGAGGCGACGAUUCGGGUCCCGCGACCACGUUCAAGGAAAUCGGUCGCGAUGAAGAUGCGCGCGCUUUCGGUUCGACGAACAUGGGACCAACGAGACCGAACGCGUCCGAACCGAAGAAGAAGCCAUCCUUAUUCGCGAUGGUGAGCCAGACCGCGGGCGAGAACAACGCCCGCCCUCGAGCGGAGGACGUUCAAAAAGCGAUGAAGGCAGCGUCGGGGAAAUGAUUUAUGUAACGAAGAUAAGCGCAC